AUGAUGCGCAAAGUUGCUGAACCAAUUCUUAUUGGGAGUUUGUUCAGUUCGUGGAAAUGUCGGAAGCAGUCGAAAAUUGAGCGAAAUUCCAGCAAUGCUUUGUUGAAAGAAGAUAAUGGCUCACAAAAUGAAUUGAAAUAUGAGAAAAAUUUUCAUCUCAAUCAGCCAUUUGAUGAAUUCGAUUCGGAAUUAAAAUUUAAAUUAGUCUUAAAAGGGAUCUAUAACUUCGCUUCGAAGCUGGAUCCAAAAAAAAAUAUUGUUGAAAAGUCACCCUCUUCAUUGGAAAAGGCUUUGAAAAUGCUUGAUUGUAACAAUGAAUGGCGUGAAAAAGUUCGUUGGUCCUUAACCCAUUUUUGUGAUGAAAAUGAUCUGAAUUGUGAAGAAGAAUUCAGUCGACGAACAUCGCAGGAUGUUCGAUUAAAUAGUUUGCUAAUUGCUUUAAACACUAUUAUUGAGAAUGGAUAUGGUGAAGAAUUAAUUGGGCAAAAGGUCUUAUCAUUAUUGAUGGAUUUAUGUAAUCUUUAUGAGGAGACCCAUCGUAAUAUAUUUAUUAACUGCUUAAAAAUACUUUCCAAUAUCGCUGUUCAAAACAAGAAUUGUGCCAUGGCAAUUGCAAAUUCUGGUAAGUACGCACUACUUGCUAGUCUUUGA